CCUUGCCUUGUUGUCCUCUCUCUCUCUCUCUCUAUAUCUAUUUCAUUAUCUGUAUCCACCCCUCUCCAUUUCUCCCUUUACACCAAAAACACACACUAAAACACGCAGAGAAAACAUUCUUUCAAUCAAUCUUUACCGAGAAAAAGAAACCAAAAGGAACCCGCUUAUCUUCAUCAAAAACCCAUCUCCCAGAUCAUGUAAAAAUCCGAACUUCGCUGCUCAGGAUAGGCGUUUCGAAUUGGGUAGUCCGGGAAAAUUUCGAAUCCUGAUACGACCCGGGUCUGAUCGAAUUUCAGGUGAAUAAGGAUAAGAAUUAGUGAGAUACUGUCUUUCGAGGAUGACGAGGAGGUGUUCACAUUGCAGCCAAAACGGGCAUAAUUCUAGGACGUGUCCGAACAGGGGCGUGAAGCUAUUUGGGGUCCGAUUAACUGAUGGGUUGAUCCGAAAGAGUGCUAGUAUGGGUAACUUGUCCCACUAUAGUAGUAGCGGUAGUGGUAGUGGUAGUGCUACUCCUCAAAAUGGAUUGGCUGCUCAUGAUUCUCCGGGCGACACCCCUGAUCAUCCCUCUGCCGCCGCCGCCGCCGAUGGUUAUGCUUCUGAAGAUUUUGUUGCCGGGUCUUCAUCCAGCCGCGAAAGAAAGAAAGGUGUUCCAUGGACUGAGGAGGAACAUCGGAUGUUUCUGCUUGGUUUACAAAAGCUUGGUAAAGGUGAUUGGCGUGGGAUUGCACGUAAUUAUGUGAUUUCUAGAACACCUACCCAGGUAGCCAGCCAUGCCCAGAAAUAUUUUAUCCGGCAAAGUAAUGUAUCCAGGAGAAAAAGACGCUCCAGCCUCUUUGAUAUUGUGCCUGAUGAAUCGGCCGAUGCUCCCAUGGUUUCUAGAGAUUUCUUCUCUGGAAAUCCUCCUGAAGCUGAGACACAAAGCAACAAUGAAUUGCCUACUGCUGCUAUGGAGGAAGAGGUUGAAUCAGUAGAUUCUGCAAAUUCCAAUGACGUUGAAGCUGUGCCUCCUAAGCCAGAUAGCUCACAGUACUCUUAUCCAGUUGUCUAUCCUACUUAUGUUGCUCCUUUUUUCCCAGUGGCAUUCCCAAUGUGGUCGGGCUAUGGCACAGAGCCAACAAGACAAGAGAGCCAUGAAGUGGUCAAACCAACAGCAGUUCAUUCAAAGAGCCCAAUUAAUGUGGAUGAGCUGGUUGGCAUGUCGAAACUUAGCUUAGGGGAUUCACUUGGAGAUGGAAGACCUCCUCUAUCUUUAAAAUUGGCCGAUGGUUCGAGGCAGUCAGCUUUCCAUGCAAAUCCUUCUUCUGGCACUUCAGGCAUGAACUCAAGCCAUAGUGCUAUUCAUGCAGUCUAGAGAAGUACUCUCUUCUGCAUAGAAUAUCUCAGAGCCUGUUGGCUUUCUGUUUAUACGUAGGAUUAGUUUUUAGCAUGGUUUAAGUUUAUUAGUUUUAUUUGUUGGAUCAGCAUAAUAAGGUUGGUUUCUGGGGCUGUUAGAUUAUGUUUAAGUAGUCAGUAAUGUUACUUUGUAUGCUUUAGCUACUUUAUAAAAUUAUUUGAAUUUAAAUCUUUAGCAUUUUUGUGACA